AUGGACUUCGGGGUCUCUGAGAUCGGCAAGAAGCGGCUGAAAGGCCUGGAGAUGCCCGAGUUCAUCUCGCUGAUCUAUCCGCGCUCGUUGGCCGGAAGAAUCAACAACCAGGGCGCCUCGCUCGGCGGCCCGACUCCAAGGUCGAUGAAGUCUAUGAACCGGCCCCAAGGAUGCUGGAUGUCAAUCACAUCAGACAGUUGGCUGCAUUGGUCAUCAGACUCGAGGCUGUGUCCGGAGCGACGGUCCAUGCGCCCUUAA